CGUCAAUUCCAACUUCGACAAUUCCAAAACAUCCGGGAGCUACUUUCAAAGGAGCAUGUGGUGAAUGGAAAGGAAUAAGUUAUUUAUCACUUUAUUAUCUCACUGUUUGAGUUUUUAAACACCACAUAUCUGUAGCUAUAAGAAGUGGGAUAUCAAAGUUUAAAACAACAAAUUAACCCUGAGUUUGGCGUGGUGGGUAACCACGUGGGAAGGGCUUCCCAGCCCUUGGUGAGUCGGACCGGGUUAUGGAUGCGACGCCGACCGCCGAGUUGACUUCAACACCGGGACAGCAUGUGGUUGAACCACUGCAGGACGGGGGAGGUGGAGACGGCACUAGCCGACGGCCCCAUCCGCUCAUCGGCAUCCAUCUAUGCGGCUCCACGGCUCUCGUCUGGCGGACAGCGGACGUCAAGGCGGCCAGGGAGGCAGGUGUGGUUGGCAGCCUGGUGGGCGCUCUGCCCCGACAGCCGAGACAGAACGGGCGGCUGGGCCGACCGCUGCAGCUCGGCCAGGAGGAGCUCCGGCUCCUGCUUCAGAAACAAGCAUCGGGGGACGACCUAGAGAGUUCUGCACCGAAUAGUGAUGGAGAGGUGCAGCAGGCGCAGACAGAGUGCUACGAGGAGGAGCAGAGGAGCAGCUUUGAGGCUCAGAGCAUCUUGGCCCUGGAGGAACGGAAGUCAGCGCUCCUCAGGGCGAUGGGGGGAGCCAAGCAAGGUGGUGGGACGUCCCAGCCCGACGGGGGCGUGUCUGGGCGCCUGGAGGUGCUGGACCAGAGCUUCGUCUUUCCCCGCUCUGCCGUGGCCGUCCAGCUCCGCACCGCCCGGGCGGGGCUGAGCCACUGCUCAGACGAACGCACCCUCCUCAGCGCCGCCCAGCCUGGCUCUUCUCAGAGAGCCCCCCGCUCCGAGAGCCGCUUCCAGGUUUUCCGCGACCUGAGGCAGAGAGGAUACUACAUCACCUCUGCUGGGAAGUUCGGUGGAGACUUCCUGGUCUACCCAGGUGACCCCCUUCGCUUCCACGCCCACUUCAUCGCGGUUUGUGUGGCUCUGGAUGAGCAGCUCCCCCUGGUGGACGUUCUGGCCGUGGCACGCCUGGGCUCCAACGUGAAGAAAACGGUCCUGCUGUGUUCCCCGGGGGGACCCGCCGCCCCGGUCCACUACACCUCCCUGCAGUGGAGCGGGAUGGUCUAAUGGACUGUUCUGGAACAGCUUACGCAUGCAUCGGGACCCCACUGGACCAUGAUCCACGUGGAGGCAGGUCGCGACCCGACAACCCACAGAACACUGAGACCAUCCGAAAGGGAGGAUCUUUGGUUGAGGAUCACACAUUCUGGUGCGAUCCACUCUGAGUAUCUGAGUUUGGGGGACUGGUCCAAUGGACACACUGACGUUGUCUUUUGGGAAGGUUUUUGAGGACCGGACCUCACGACUGGAGCCGACCGUUAAAAGUAGUCGUUCCAGUGUGAAGCUCUGCUAUUAAAACAGCUUUCUCACCUGCAUCCUUUAAUCUACCAAUCUGUUCAUCAAUCAAUCUAUUUAGAGUAAACUGUGAUUUGCCAUUAUGAAACCUGGUGAAAGUUUCAUAUAUAUGAUGUAGGCAUUAGGAUUCUGUGAGCCGAUAAUGGAAACUGCACAAUAAAUAUUUGUGCAGCAAUAUAA